AUGGCAAUCUUGUUGCUUUUCGAAUCUGUGUUACUGUUGUCCCUGGCAUACAUAUUUGUCAUCCGACCCAUUUUCUUCUCCCCCCUCUCUAGGAUACCGAGUGCGCACUUUACGAGUCACUUCUUAAAUGGCUGGAUUAUCUGGCAACGAUAUCUAGGCCGAGAAACUAAGGCCAUUCAUGACGCACAUCGGCGCCUGGGUCCAAUCGUCAGGUUAGGCCCAAGAGAGCUCAGCGUGAAUUCCGCCGAUGCGCUCAGAGUCAUUUACAGCGACCGAUUUGAUAAGGAUGCGUUCUACCACGCUUUUGCUAAUUAUGGCGUACCAAACAUGUUUUCCAUGAUAGAGAGAAAACCCCAUGCAGGGAGGAAGCGUAUGUUCUCAAAUAUCUACAGCAAAUCAGCUCUUCAGUCAUCCCAAGUCAUUCGAGAUUUGUCCCGAGAAAUCGUCAUCGAGCGGUUGCUCCCGAUCAUCGAGACAGCUGCAGUACAAGGGGGCUUCCUCAAUGUACUGGAAUAUAACUUUGCCGUCUACAUGGACUUCAUUAGCGCCUUUAUCUUUGGCCUGCAAAAUAGUGCAAAUUUCUUGCUAGAUUCGGAAGCUCGAGAAAGAUGGCUCGUGAAACGAAAGAUCGCCAAGGGAUAUGGUUUCUGGUCAAUGAAUUUCCCUCUUCUCACAACUUUCCUCACGAAACUUGGUAUUAAUCUCGAACCCCCGGAGGUCAAUUGUGCAUUGGACGAAAUCAAACAACCAUGUCUUGAAAUGCUUCAGAAGGUUGAGGCUUCUUCAGAAGUUCGCCCGAAAGGGUCACGGAAAGAUCAAAAAGAUGACAUUUGGACGAAGCCGGUUGUUUAUGAUCAACUUCUCAGCCAGCUCAACUCUUCAGACGACAAAACACCACCACCCCCUCUUCCAAAGUCUCAACUUCGACUAGUUGUCGCCUCUGAACUCAUGGAUCAUAUACUAGCAGGCACAGAGACGAGUUCCUGGACCCUGGCCUAUCUGAUGCACGAGCUUUCCCAGCGUCCUGAUCUCCAAUCCUCCCUCCAAAAAGAAAUGCUUUCUCUGUCCCCUCCCAUACUCUAUCCCUCCUCUAUAUUGACCCAGAAGUCCUCUUUAUAUCCCGCUUCCGAACUGCCGUCUCCGCGAUCCAUCGAUAGCCUCCCCCUCCUGGAUGCCAUCCUUCUGGAAACACUUCGUCUCCGUCCCUCAGUCCCAGGUUCCCAGCCCCGAAUAACACCACCAAGUGAGCCACGCUCUCCCAUCUCGAUUUGCGGAUAUAACAACAUCCCGGCUGGUAUUCGGGUCAGUGCGCAAGCGUAUUCUCUGCACCGGAAUGAGGAAGUGUUCCAGGAGCCGGAGAUGUGGAGACCGGAGCGAUGGCUGGAAGUUACUCAAGAUGAAAGGGACGAGAUGAUGCGGUGGUUCUGGGCGUUCGGAAGUGGUGGGAGGAUGUGUAUUGGAAAUAACCUUGCGGUGAUUGAGCUGAAGAUUGUUGUGGCUGCAAUAUAUACGAAUUAUACGACGAAAAUUAUCGAUGAUGGGGAUAUCGAGCAGCUGGAUGCGUAUAGUGCUGGACCGAAGGGUGACAAGUUGAUCUUACAAUUCAAGAAAGUUCGAUGAGCUCCAAGCUGGGCACCUUUCUUUUCGGCCUUUCUUUUCAGACUUUCUUCCCCGCAAUAAUGAAUGGCACGUCCUUAUACACGGCAAGAUGACCUGAAGUGCUCAAUUCUGAGACUGAUAGAGCCAAGCCCUGAUCUUUGCUCCUCCCAUCCAAACCUUCUAUAGAGUUCGUCAUUCCCAAGCGGUCAAACAUCUCCAGAUCGUCUCUAAAUUCGACAUCCGGGCCUCCGCUAUAAUUCGUCCCGAAUUGAGGUAACCAAGUUUUUCGGUUCUCGACAGUUCCAUCACUGUACGUCCUGGACGGAUAACCCCAGUAUUUCACAGCAGGGAAGAUAUCGCGAAACAGUGCCCAGAUUGCAGGGAGGUUCGUGACAUAG